UGUCUUUUUAACUCACCCACAAAAAAAAAAUCUCACUAGAGGACGAAGUUGAGAGGAGAUACAGAAAGAACCCUAAGUAAUCAAACUAAAAAACUUUUUUCUUUCCAAAAUUUUCUCUCGUUAGAAUGACAACAGAGACUGAGAGUUCGCACUUGACACAGUCAUCAUCAUCUUUACCUCCUCAGCAACCUCAAAAUCCCGUCGAUCAUCUGAGCUCCAACGAUUCAUCAACACUAGGUCUUCAAAACGAGGGAAUGAAUAAUAAAGGAUAUCAUAUUCCUUCUUCUGAUGACUUUUACAGUUGCAUUGUUUUCAACAUAACUCAACUUAAGAAUAUACUACUUAGCUGGUUUAACCUAUACGAACCCGAUAAUAUAGCAAGAGAAGCCAACGAAGAGCUCAUGCCAGUGAUGCCACAAGCUACUGCAGAGUCUAGCCUUGUUUACCAAUCUAUCCCUUGUGGUGAACAAAUUCAAAAAGACGUUGUCUCCGAGAUGGUGUUUGCUCCUCAAAGUUUAUUUUCCACUUUUCCGCCUCGUCAGACUGAUGGAGAAUUCGAGGCAUUGACUAAGAACUUCAAGCAGAGCGAGAUAUGGAAUGGUACUCACGGAAACAACAAUCAAGAAGAUCAAACUGUUAAUACUAUUGAAGGAUCUGCUUACAUGAUCUCCCGCAAGCCCUUUGAUCCUAUCAGAAGACCGUUUAAUCCGUUUGGCCCUAUAGAGCGACCCAUCCCACGUUUACCCUCUAGUUAUGAACUAGCAGAUUUGGGAUUUGCAUGAAAUACAAGCUUCAAAAACAUAUCAUUGACAAGUUCAUGUGUGUUUUUUUCUCUCCUGGCCUUAUCUUUUGUUACUAGGAUUUUUUACCCAAUCUUGUUUCUAUUUUUCCCAUCUAUAGAAAAUACUAUAAGUU